AUGAUUUCACUAACUAAGUCAUCUAAGCAGUCCGCUUCAUCAGCUGUUGCAAUGGAACGACGAAAACGUGAAAAAGAACGAAGCAAAUUAUCGAUGAAAAGGAAGUUACCAUCGGAUGCAAAAAGUCGUUUUGGCAAAGAAUUUUUCGCAAAAUUAUAUGAGUUAUUUCAAAGUGUUGAACAGGAUGCCUGUGAUCGGUUACGUCAAAUGCAUGAUGAGUUAGCCGCUUAUUACAAUGAACAUGAUUUGAAUGUUAUGUGGAUAUCGGAUGACGAAGCCGAUGAUAAGGAAGUUAAAGCACCGUUAUCGAAGAAAACUCAUCAGGAUGUUAAUAAAGGUGAUAUUCGCUCUGUAAAUAUUCCGCGGUCAAAAGUGGAAGCUAAGGAAAAACUGAAAAUGAAAUCAAACGCCAAAAAUUCAGUGGUAAAUACUUCACCAAUUCCAACAUCAUUGUUGUUUUCCCAGUUUGAAUUAAGCGAUGAUUCUGAUGACAACACUUCCCGGAAAUUAUCCGGAUCCCAAACUAAAAAUUGUAAGAUUUGUUAUACAUGUACUGGUGUAACGAGUUCUCCAAACAACAUGAUCUUGGAUUGUGAAGAAUGUGGAAAAACUGUACAUCAGAGAUGUGCUCGUCCUGAAAUUACGACUUCACAAGCCAAAGAUCCACGUUUCCUAUUUGUUUGUAAUGAUUGCAAAGACCGCGAAGACGAGAAAAUGGGGUCAAGUUCGAAGUCAAUUUCCAAUUUUAGAAAGAAUGACAAAGGAAGCAUGCCAAAGUGUUCAGAGGAAAGAAUUCAACCUCUAAAAUCAGAAAACGAUAUCUUAAUAACAUUCUCAAAUUUCGCUGCUAAGAAAGCAAAGAAAUCCGCGUCAUCAGGAAUUGCUGGUGGUUCUAAUCCGCAAGUUGGCAGUGUGACAAUGAAUAAAGUACUUCCUUCCUUUAAUGCCAAGGAUCGGAAAUAA